AUGUCUGCUGAAAACUUCUUCUCUGGAACCAGCUUGAGACUUAAGGAUGGAUCAAUGGUGGAUGCUGGAGAGCAUUUGAAAGGAAAGAUUGUGGUUCUUUAUUUCUCCGCAAGUUGGUGCGGUCCGUGUCGUCAGUUCACUCCGAUUAUGAAGGAGCUGUACCAACAAAUUGCCGCUACCAAUCAGCCAAUUGAAGUGAUUCUUCUGUCGAGAGAUUAUAUGAGAUUCCAGUUGGAUGAGUACUACGAGAAGCAAGGAUGCUCAUGGGGAGUCGUUCCACUCAGAGAUCCAAUCAUUGAGAAGUGUUUGGAGAAGUACGAUGUGAAAGCGUUGCCAUCAUGCAGAGUGGUUGAUGAAUUUGGAAACUGUUUGGAUGCAAAUGCACGUCAUCAUGUAGAGAUGUAUCGUGAGAAACGUCAAAUGACCGAACUCUUCAACAAAUGGCGGCAACAAAUGGUCCAGAUCCGUGCUUAA